AUUUCGAAAUUUGAAUUCAACAGUGUUGCCAAUAGUGAAACAAUUGAAAACAUCACGUCACGUUUCAAUAAAAAAUAAUUUAUUGCAAACGUUAAACUCAAUUAAACUUGAUUUAAAUUAAAACAUUGCUCGUUUCAAUUACGAGCGCCCCAUCCAAAUAAGGUUGCAUCAGUUAAUAAUUCAAUAAAUUUUGAGGUUAUUCCAUAACCUCGGGCAUUUUCGAAAAAUAACCGCAACCCCCUCGUGACCUUCGUGAUGCUUAUCACCCGUUAUUAGCUUCAAAAAUGUCUCAGCCGCCGGCUAGAAGUAUAUGGAAAGCGGUUUUAACGAAUUUCAUAAAUUCCUUAAGGCCCAGACAAAUCAGAGGCAAUUUGGUCGGGAGUGAUUAUUUCGGUAACAAAUAUUACGAAAUUCCGGCUGAUCCCUCAAUUGGGAAAAGAAAAGCAUCGCGGUGGUUUGAGCCCCAAAAAAAGGAUGAUUUCCAACAAGAAAUGCCGGCUGAAUGGGAGUCUUGGUUGAGGGGCAGGAGGAAAGAGCCUCCUAGUGAUGAUGAAGUAAUGAGGAAUUACGCUUUGAUGCAGACUAAAAAACAAAAUGCAAUUGCGGUGGAUGCAAAAGGGGGAAAGAUGACGCCUGCCGAAAAGGGGAUGGAGACAUUUCCUAAAAGGCCAGAGUUUGAAAUGACUCCAGGGUACAAGCAAAAUAAGUGAUUGUCAAUUGUAGAAAUUGUAAAUACUGUAGAUAACUAAAAUAAAUGCGAUUUAACAA